AUGCUUGAUAUGGCGGAUACCGACAAGAUGAUGACCUUGGCGAAGCAGUGGGCCGAUGAAUACGGCGAUGUGUUUUACACCAAAGUAGGUUUGCAGCACUUCAUAUGGCUUUCAUCACCCACUGCUGUCAAGGAUCUCAUGGAUAAACGGGGAGCUAUAUACUCUUCCCGAGCGGCCAGCCCUAUGAUCAACUUGGUUUCUAACGAGGAGCGUCUCAACUUUCUUCCCUAUGGCGAAAAGUGGCGCACUCUCAGAAACAUCCUCCACUCGGCGCUCAACUUGGAGACAACUUCGACAUACAAACCCGUACAAGACUUUGAGUCAAAGCAGGCCGUUUGGGAGAUAUUGCAUGCAAAAGAUGACACAGAGUUCAGCGACAUUAACCGCAGAUACUCGACCAGCACCAUCAUGACCAUCACCUAUGGGCAGCCCGUGCCUAGUCUCAGCGACCCUCUAUACCAGGAUAUUCUCAAAAUCGUCCGUCACUUCUCACUCGCCACAGCGCCUGGCGGCUGGAUGAUUGACACGCUGCCCAUGCUUGCAGACAUCGUCCCAGAGUUUCUCUUGCAAAACUGGAAGACGGUGGCCAGACAAUGGUACAAGGAAGAUUCGCAAAUCUACCUCCGUAUGUAUCACACACUCAUGGACAAGGUCAAAAGCGGCACAGCUCCGGAUUGUUUCUUGAAAGACUUUGCGCGCGAGAAGUUGGAAAAGAGCCUCAUCUCCGACGUCACCGCGGCGUUUGCUGCGGGAGCGUUGAUCGAGGCCGGAAGCGAUGCAACGACAACAGCUCUCAACAAUGUCAUUUUGGCUUGUCUUCUAUAUCCUGAAAUUGUUGCGGGUGCCCAUGAGGAGCUUGAUCGAGUAGUGGGAAGCGAUCGCAUGCCUGAUUUUAACGAUGAGCCGAAUUUACCGUACAUUCGCGGCAUUGCAAAGGAAACGCUCAGAUGGCGCGCCUCUACCAAAAUCGGGACAUGCCAUUCGACUACUCAGGAUGACUGGUACAAGGGCCAUUUUAUCCCCAAGGGAGCCGUAAUCGUUCUUAAUUGGUGGGCCAUCCACAUGGAUGAAACUCGAUGGAAAGAUCCCCAGCGCUUCGACCCAACACGCUACCUCGAUGACUCUUUAACAGAAGCAGAAUCCAUGUCCCAGGCCGAUGCAAACCUGCGAGACCACUUCACAUUUGGUGCCGGCCGCCGCAAUUGUCCCGGCGUCCACAUCGCCCACAACUCCCUCUUCAUCAACGUUGCCCGUCUAUUCUGGGCCUUUAACAUCCGCAAAUCUACCGACGAGAACGGCGAUCCUAUUGAGCCCUCCACUGCAGCGCAGCCGGGAUUUUUGCUAACACCGGUCAAGUUCCCCGCCAGAUUCGAGGCGAGAAGCGAGAAGCACGCAGCCAUCAUUAAGCAGACCUGGUCAGAGGCGCAAAAGCAAUGA